CUGAGAUAUCUCAUCUCAUCUUCUUCCUCCAACGACGAGAAAGCAGCAGUCGACCGAGUGGCAGGCUCCGCCGCCGUCGCACCUGAGGCCACGUCACCCUCCGUCGGCGAACUAGCAGUCCACAGUCAGCCGCCUCCGUGCAGUCCGCGAGCUUUUCCGGCAAACGGCAGCGGUCUCUUUUUCCGCCGAGUUCUCCAGCCAUCUGAUAUCUGUGUGACCGAGAGGCCAGGAGAAAACCCCUUGCCGGCGACCCUCUCCAGCAGCUUUUCGCCGGUUUUGGUUCAGCAGCUGCCUCUGUUCACGCCACGUCAGCCGAGUUGCAGCAAAUUUCCGUCCCACCUAGGAGAAGGAUUUCCCCGUCGAACAGCAGACCAGCCGGAGGCCUGUAAGCAGCACGUCAGCCCUCUCGCAUCGCCGGCGACCCUCCUCAGCCACGCGAUUUCUUCCCGCGAGCAGUGGCCGGUUCCUAUUCAAGGAGCGGCUCUUUUUUGUUGCCGGCAGCGACACUCUUUACCGACGAGCAGCAGCCCUUCGGGGCCCGUGCAAGAGAAGCAGUGGCAGAAUAGCGAGUCAUUAGUAGCAGCCGGUUUGUUGAGAGCAAUAGCCGAGCCGGCGGCAUCUCCAUCCCCUAUUCCUCUUUUGUUACGUAUAGUCUCCCGACGAAAGAGCUUUGAGUUGCUUUUGAGUAUGAGGAAAAGAAUCAAAAGAAGAGGAGCUGGUUAUGUGUUCUUCCUUGUCUUGCGUGGUUGUGCGGGUAUGGUGUGGUGUAGUAACUGCGCCAAAGAUAUCAUUCGACCUGAUAGAGCCGAGGGCAAAAUAUGCUGUUCUCUUUGUGGAAGAGUUCUGGAUGAGGAUAAUUUUUCGCAGGAGCCGACAUUUGUAAAAGGUGCAGGUGGACAGAGCCAAUUGUCUGGAAAUUAUGUGAGGACCAUUCAAAACGAAUAUUCUGUUUCUCGUGAAAGGACCCUGAAUGAAGCGUAUGAUGGAAUAGAUGGUAUGAUGUAUGCACUUGGAAUUGAUGGUGGUGAUUCGAUAGCUCGACCAGCUUUAGCCUUUUAUACGAUAGCACUUGAACGCAACUUCACUAGGGGUCGCAGGAAAGAGCAAGUGCAGGCCUCUUGCCUUUACAUUGCUUGUAGGGAGAACAAAAAGCCAUAUCUUCUUAUUGAUUUCUCAGAACAUCUAAGGAUAAAUGUUUAUGUGCUAGGGGCAGUAUUUUUGCAGCUUUGCAAACUCUUGAGCCUUGAAGAGCAUCCCAUUAUUCAAAAACCUGUGGAUCCUAGCCUUUUCAUCCACAGAUUUACAGAUCGUCUGUUUGGUGGCAGAAAACCAAAUGUCUCCAAAACUGCACUUCAGAUUGUUGCUAGCAUGAAGCGUGAUUGGAUGCAGACUGGGAGGAAACCAAGUGGACUAUGUGGAGCUGCUCUGUAUAUAUCUGCUCUCUCGCAUGGUCUCAAAUGUACAAAGACUGAAAUUAUUGAAGAGUUCAACAUGAAAGCAGAUGAGCUUGAUAAAGAAGAGAGGCUUAGUAAUACCCUCAAAACUGGGUCAAAAGCAUCUGUGAUCAAUGAACUCCUCUGUGAGCACAAGGGUAGUGGGAAGUCUCCUUUUGCUCAUGGUCUCUGUGAAAAAUGCUAUGAAGAGUUUAUAAAACUUUCUGGAGGUCUUAAUGGCGGGUCAGAGCCUCCGGCUUUCCAACGUGCAGAAAUGGAAAGACUAAUGGCAAAGGAAGCUGCCAUCCAAAAAACUAAGACUUCGGAAUCUUCUGCGUUUCCUGGAUUAGCAGAAAAUAGGAGCAAAAAUGUAAUUCUGAUCACCAAAGGAGAAUCGAUGAUACGUGUGAGAAUGGAGUACAAGCAAACUCAACAGGCACGACCAUUUUUAAUGUUUCCAGGAGCUUCUAAACAAGAUGAAACCGUGGAUGAUUCUAGUAAAGAAAGAAUCCAAGAAACUGAUGCGACCUUUGAAGAAUCAGAGAGUUUAUCUGACACUGAUGAUAUUGAGGUGGCAUCAUACCUUCUCAAUGAGGAGGAGAAGGAGUACAAGAAAACUAUCUGGGAGGAAAUGAACAAAGAAUACCUUGAGGAGCAGGCAGCUAAAGAAGCUGCUGCCUUGGCCGCUAAGAAAGCUUUUGAGGCAAAUUUGUCCAACUGCUCAGGGGAUGUAGAAGCUGCACAAAGGCUUGCUGCUGCAGCUGCAGAAGCUGUUGCAAAGUCAAAGAAGGAAAAACGUCAGAAGCGUGCUGCCGAGUUGAAAAAUGCAGGCCCACCUCAAACCGCUCUUGAGGCAACUAGCCGAGUGCUUGAUAGAAAGAGGCUGAGUUCUAAAGUCAAAUAUGAUGUACUAGAAAAGCUUUUGGGUGAAACUGAGCCGGACAGCCCAUUAAAGAAAAUCCGAACAGAAGAAGAAUUGGAUCAUGAUGACAAUUACCUUUGUAAGGGCAAAGCCGAAUCUGAGAUCCACGACAUUCACGAUAUGUUGUACUAUAGCUAAGAGAAACCCGAAUUUGAGGAUGCUUAUGAUACAGAUGUUGAGAAUGUAGAAGAGUUUAAUGACGACGAUAAUUUAAUGAUAAUCAUUUUAUCAAUUUUGAUAAUCAUUUUAAUGAUAAAUGCACAAUUCAUUCUUAAAGAGGUGCCAUCUUGUAUGAAAUGUGGAGCUUAGCAUUGCUCUUAUUCGUGUCUUACCUUUUUUCUUGGCGCUCUAAUCAAAUCUAUCUAAAGUCAUUUCGAAAGCACUGGACCUCCAGUAUGAAGCCUACAGUAACU